GUUAAAAAGUAAUAAAUAAUAAUUAUUAUUGUUAUUAUCAAUGACUGCGUUAACCGAUAUAGUUUUUCUUUUGUAUAAAUGAUUGUAGAAGACCGCAUUUCCGGUUAGAAGUUCGAAAGUACCACGUCGCUGAAAGCGUGAAUUGUUUUUAAAAAAUGGCAACGAAGUACGAAACAGAGAGAAAGUACGAUAUCGUCGAAUUUCUGAGGAAGGAUUAUAAAGAAUGGUCGAGUACUUCCGACAGCAAAAGCAACGAAUGCAGUGGCAAUCGCCCGAGGAAACUAAAAACCUUACCGCAAGCCGGAUGGCACGAGAAAGAGAAGGUUAUGGCUGAUUUGAAAGCUGCGUUACCGGAUAUCAGUCCUAGAGAAGUGCGAAGGCACCUUAUACCGUACCACAAGGCGAUUCUUCUCGAACUCGAAGAACAGAAUUACUACGAAGCGGCGUAUUUCAUGAGGGAACUUUUCGAUCUCGAUAAACAGAUCGCGGAGAAAACGGUUGGAACGAAGAUGUGGAAAAAGUCGUAUUUGGAGAAUGAGAUGGAUUAUAUAACCUGUUUGAAGAGUGCAUUGAUUGCGUUCGAGAAUGCUAGGAGGAAAGGUGAUUACAUUGCACGAGCCAUCUCCCUUCUCGACGUCGCUCUAUUUUUCCAAUCGAAAGGCUGGGAAUGGUGGUGGGUGACCGAGCGCCUCUACCAAGCAGCCCUCACAGCCGCAGAAGCCAUCGGAAACGACAAUCUGCGAACGAUAACUCUGAUACGUUACUUGUACGGUCGUUUCCUUUUUCACGAACUGAAGAAUCCGAGGGAAGCUUUAGAGUACGUGAAGAAGGCACGCGAGGCGUCGGAGAACAAAGUAUGGAAUGCCUCGAAACAGUUGUGCGAAAAGCAACGUUCUAUCUUCAUCGAAUGCAAUGUCCUUUUGUAUAAAGCGUUGCUGACUCUCGCUCGAGCUGAACGUUCGAAGGAUCCUGAUUUCGCUUUGAAUGCUUGUAUUGAAGCAUUGGAGAGAGCCACGGAUGCCGGUAACAACGAAUACAUCACUGAAGCUCUUUACGAACUCGGAAAGAGUUACUUCGCGAAGAACGACGUGAAACGAGCUCUGCAGAGUUUCUCCAAAUUUUUGGCCAUCGCGAAGAGGAUCCCAGAUGCGGAGGGAAUUUGUAACGGACACAUGGAACUAGCAUUUACGUACAAAGAAUUAGACGACCAUGUUCAUACCGAGAAACACUUGCGUCUGUACCGAGAAAACGCUGAGAAAUUUGGAUACAAAGACAAACUAGCUGAUGCGCAUUACUACACCGGAGAACAUUACUUGAGUCAGGGACAGAUGAGUUUAUCCACUGCCCAUUUGGAGAGUGCUUUGUGCAUGUACAAUGAACUUGGUUCUUCUCAAGAGGCUGAUCUCGCUAGAUGCAUCGCAGGAGUUUCUCAAGGGCAAGAGAGAAUCAAGAAAUAUUACAAUUUGUUAUUACAAUGCGGUGAGUACGAUGAAGAGGCGACCUUGAAAAUCUGUCGAUGGAAAAGUUGCAGGGAAAACUUUUGGACCGAGAAAAUACAAGACGAUAAAUCAGAAUUGGAUAUCUCGCACGAACAUUCGCUGGAUACCAUUUCAUCCAUAUUAUCAAGAAACGACGCUGGUCGAGAAAUGUCAUGGCCUUAACUCGCAAAUAACUGCGUUUCGUACAAUUUUCUACAAUAAUUUCAUUUCUGCAACUCGACAGCUGUACACAGAAACGUUUCUCAUCUUCGCAACACCACACUUUCUUCGAACGUACGACUUGAACACAAAUCAACUUUAAUAACACUUUGAGGGCCACAUUUCUUCACUCUUGCAAAUUCAACUUUAUGUCUAACGAUAAAAUUAUAUUUGAAGAAUUUGUGAAUUAAAAAUAAAUGUAGAUUAAGAUGUGACGGCCUCUAAAGUGUUAUGUGGUUAAAAGAAAAAGUAUAAAUAUAAGAAACAGCUGUUAACGACACUACAUCGUGAUGAGCAAAUCAUGUGUGUCCUUAUGGACGGUGGAAUAAAAAUGAAUACUUAAUUAUAUUUUUGAUAAUAGAACUCACAUCUUGAACACUCCGCCAUUUUGAAUGGUGAUGGAUGGAAACUUUCAAACUUUAAAUUGAGAAACUAUGCCCAUGAACUUCUAAAAAUUUGCCCAUCACAUCCCGUCGACUUUCAUAUAUCAACACGGUGAUACUGUUUUGUAUAAUACAUAGGUAAAUCUCUUCCUUAAAAUCAAGCUAAAACCAAGCAAAAUCUAUAAAAUAUAAUAUCAGUAUGAGAACUAAAUUAAAAAGAAAAUAGAAUAACUUGAAGGGAAUAGGUAACAAAAAUGUGGUGUACUAAAAGUUAAUUGUACUAAUAAAAUCGCUAUGAUACGUGAAAGUAA